AUGACCAGAUCUUCAUCCGGAGAUCUCGAAUACGACCCAGAGAUCGAAAAAUCAGCACGAGCGCGACGUAAAGAGACGGAAGUUCUUAAACGUGUAAAAGCAAUUGAAUGUGGAAAACAAGUCGAAGUGGUUGAACCUGAGACCAAACCACUUUGUGAAAUAAAAGAGGUGGAAGACAACCUCAGUGAACCAGAAAUGAUGGCGAACCGAACCAUUCGUCAGCUAGCCGCAGCUCCCAACAAGCAAACACCGUUAUGCAUCAACUAUCCAACCGGAGAAACCCCAUUCGAGUUGAAAUUUUUCCCAGCAUCGCGAGCAGCUGAACUUAGGAGAGACAUAGUGGGAAUUCGCCAAAUAGAGAGUGAAUCGCUCUACGACUAUUGGGAACGAUACAAAAAACUUUGUGCAAGUUGUCCUCAACACGGUUUGACCGAGCAAUCACCUCUUCAGUAUUUCUACGAGGGUUUGCUCUCUAUGGAAAUGAAAAUGGUUGACACUGCAAGUGGAGGGGCGCUUGUCAAUAUGACUCCUCAAAGGGCAAGAGAACUGAUAUCCACCAUGGCGGCAAAUUCUCAACAGUAUCGGCUAGAGAUGAAGAAGACUCCAUUACUAUUGCAAAAAGCUGAUUCGCCCCCAAAUUUGCAUUUCCCAAAGGACCGGAGGUGGAUCGAUGGAGGUGGAGAAAAGAAGAAUCGGACCCAACUGUGUGGAGUUUGUACUACAUCUGAACAUCCGACGGAUUUGUGCCCAAUCCUUAACGAAAAUUCAACGGCACAUGUCGAUGCUGUCGGAGGUUUUCCGGGACCUCCACAAAGACGAUAUGAUCCUUUUUCUAACACCUACAAUCCCGGGUGGAAGGAUCAUCCCAACUUGAAUUACGGAGCUAAUUCCCGAUAUAAUCCAUCAUACCAACCAAGACCUUUGCAACCACCACAGCCGCCACCCAAACCGAGCAUAUCUCUAGAAGAUAUUAUGGAGAGACUUGCCGUCGAUGCUCCAAAAUACCAACAAAGGACAGACACAUCAAUUCAAGAGUUAACUAAUCAAGUUAGUAAACUCUCGAUGGCAGUUAAUCGUUUGGAGUCUCAAAGAAAAUUACCUUCCCAGACAGAGCCGAAUCCUCGGCAGAAUGUAAGUGCAAUAACUCUUCGUAGCGAAAAAGUUCUAGAAACAGUUCCAGAAAAACGUCAUGGGAGACUCGUGAAGGAUAAGAAAGAGAAGGAGGAAAAAGAAAUCCUCGAAACGUUCAGGAAAGUUGAGGUGAAUAUUCCUUUGCUCGAUGCUAUCAAACAAAUCCCUCGCUAUGCAAAAUUUCUCAAAGAAUUGUGUACUAGCAAGAGGAGGUUACUAGGUAAUGUAGGCAUUAAGAAAGCCAUGUGUGAUUUAGGGGCUUCCAUUAAUGUUAUGCCUUAUCCUAUUUAUAAGUUGAUUAACGCGGGUCCUUUGAAAAAGACAGGAGUAAUAAUCCAAUUGGUAGACAGGUCAGUCGUCUAUCCCGAAGGGUUGCUUGAAGACGUCCUUGUUAAAGUUAACGAAUUAGUUUUCCCUGCAGAUUUCUACAUUAUUAAUAUGGAGGAUGAUAACUCAACUAAUUCGUCUGACAUUUUGCUUGGAAGGCCGUUCUUAAGUACCGCAAGCGCAAAAAUUGACGUUCGGAGCGGAACACUGACAAUGGAGUUUGACGGAGAAAUCGUGAAAUUCAAUGUCUACGAAGCUAUGGGUCAUCCUAACUCACUAUCAAAUAUCUCUAGCAUUGAUAUUAUAGAUUGUUUAACUCAAACUUAUUCUGAAUAUCAGGAUUUUGAUGAGUUAGAAACUAUCCUUUACAGAAGCAUUGACAUGGAUGUUUUAAGUCGCCUCGAUGAAUUAUCAAUUAUAAAAGAUCUGUUAUGA